AUGUGAUUGGAAACGGGCGUAUGUGCUCGCGUUCCGUCGUGAUAGGGAUGGAAAGACUUUAAUUCUUUUUUUUCGAGGUUUCUUUUGCGUCGUUGGGUUCCUCGCGUGAAGCCUUGAUCGGUCGAAGUGCGAAUUUUGGUUUGGCAACACUGCGUCGGGGAUUUCCGGUCUCGCAUCCGUGGCCGUCGCGGGUUUUUCGAGUCGAUUUGGGAUUUCGGUGACGUUCGUGUUUUGUCGUUUUAGAGAACCCGCCGGAAGACACUUUGUUCGUGGUCGUGACUGCGUGUUGCAUCGGUGGGGCCGUCCUCGGGAUCGUCUUCGCUCUGCUGUUCUAUCGAUACAGGCAGCUGUCCUUAAAAUGCGGCUCCGAGAGAGGCGAGACCGGAAGCUGCAGCAAAUACAGCAUGAAGACCUCCGCGACGGAAUCGGUGAUCUACGGGAACCCAGGCCCCCCCUCGCGCGCCCUCUGGGCCGGAAUCCGCACGACCGACACGAACCACUACACCGUCGACAACCUGCAGCCCGCAUCCCAGAAGAUGAACCUGUCGGACUACGCCUACGCCAGACCGAAAUCGAGCACGGACUCGGACAUUUCCUUCGACAACGUGGGCUUCGAAGACGCUCCCCCACCCGGUCACCACAGGACGUUACGAGUUCCCAUCUGCUACGAAAGUUUUGUGCUUAAACCAGUGGGAGUUCACGAGCCUCCACCACCUCCAAGCCACCCUCCACCUUCGAGCCACCCACCACCUCCAAGUCACCCUCCACCUCCACCUCCUUACCUCUCGCCCGCCUCGUAUCGACGGGGCACCCCGCCGUGCUACACGAGCACCCCGAGGUUGGGUGCCCGGACCGUGGUGAGGAUCCAGAACGGGUCAUGCCCUCGAAUGUGAUCUGUUUUCAUCUGGUGUAUGCCCUCAUGACUCGACAGUAUUAGAUUCAUGUUCAUCGCCUGUGAUUCACUCCAUUUCCUGAGCUCAAGCCAAUCAAAGAUCUCAUCUUCCUUCCUGCGAUUGGAGGCUCAUUGGAGGCUCUUUUAGUGGGAGAGACUUAGGCGUCGCCCUUCCGAAGCAGCUUAGGAUUUCACUUGCCUUGUCCUGUACACUCACGAGUUAGAAUAAAAGCUCAACUUCUCAUUCCUUUCGGU